AUGGAACAUAGAGCUGCAUUGACUCCUGCCACUGCCAAGCUCUUGUUGGAUGCCGGCUUCAAGAUCACUGUUGAACGUUCUGAUUUACGAAUCUUUGAUGAUGAGGAAUAUGUCAAGGUCGGCUGUCCUCUUGUCGAAAAGCUUAGUUGGAAGACGGACGCUCCUGCUGAUGCUUAUAUUGUUGGUUUGAAGGAGCUUCCCGAGAAUGAUGACUCUCCUUUGCACCAUACCCAUAUCUUCUUUGCCCAUUGUUUCAAGACACAAGGUGGAUGGAAGGAGUUAUUACAUCGUUUCGAUGCCGGUAACGGUACCAUUCUCGAUCUCGAAUUCUUGAACGAUUCAAACGGUCGUCGUGUUGCUGCUUUUGGUUAUAUGGCCGGUUUCGCCGGUGCUGCUGUCAGCAUUGAUGUUUGGUGUCAUCAAAAGACCAACAGUGGUGAAAAGUACGGUGCCUUGACUCCUUAUCCUAACGAAGAUGCUUUGGUCUCUUACACUAAGGAUCGCUUGAGUGCAGCUGUCGCUUUGAACAACAAUGAAUUUCCCACAGUCAUGGUUAUUGGUGCCUUGGGUCGUUGCGGUACUGGUGCCUGUGAUUUCGCUCGUAAGGCCGGUAUCCCCGAAGAAAAUAUUAUCAAGUGGGAUAUUAACGAGACUAAGAGAGGCGGUCCUUUCCCUGAAAUUAUUCAAUCUGAUAUCUUUGUCAACUGUAUCUAUCUCAACCAAAAGAUUCCUCCUUUUAUCACUCAAGAAUUGAUCGAUGGUGAUCGUAAGCUCUCAAUUAUUUGUGACGUUUCUUGUGACACCACCAACCCCAACAACCCUAUUCCUGUCUACUCAAUCAACACCACCUUCGACAAGCCUACUGUUCCUGUUACCACAUCUAACCCUUACCCUCUUGAGGUCUGCUCUAUUGAUCAUUUACCCACCCUUUUACCUAGAGAAAGCUCAGAUAUGUUCUCCCACGAUCUUUUACCCACUAUGUUGGCUUUGAAGAAUCGCUCAGAAUCUCCUGUCUGGGUUGGUGCCGAAAACUUGUACAAGGAAAAGUUGGCUGCUGCCAGAGCUUAA